CACUCACAGACUCACACUGAGUUACAGAUGGUCGAUAAGUGUAUGGUGAAAGAUAGUUAAUUAUUGCAAGUACUUGUUCUUAUUGAGGUGAAAGAGAAAGCUUCCUUCCUUGCAAAACCGGUUCUGCAAGUACCGAAUUCAUCAUGUCUGAGCCGCGGAAGAAUCAUCUCACCAUAGAUGGGGGGCAGCCGAAGGACGACGAGCACGUCGCUACUUAUAAGCCCAUCCCAGAGGCUGAUACAGAGUUCCGCUCGUCAAAGUCCAGCCUCCACAAGUCCAAGGAAAAGGUCGACGAGGCUGAGGAGAAACUUCUAGAGAAAGAAGACGAGGCCAAGAUCGUCACGCGCGUCGACAUGGCCGACGCCAAGUACGUCGUCGGCGACCACCGCAACGGUGACGCCAAGAUCGAGCUCGACGCCAACAAGAGGCAAUUCUCCGGUCUAACCAAAGAGGAGCUGAUGAAAUACGCGGACGACCCGUUCUGGAUACGCCUGCGCUGGGCCAUGUUCAUCUUAUUCUGGGCGCUCUGGCUGUGCAUGUUGGCCGGCGCCAUUGUUAUCAUCGUGCGGACGCCCAAGUGCGCCCCGCCGCCGCCCAGGGAGUGGUUCGAAAAAUACGCCCUCAUAGAAUCCGACGGCGUCCUACCGAGCGAAAGCGAUCUGGACCUGCUCCAUAACUCUCAAGUCGGCGGCGUGUUCGCGCAGUUUGCCUGCGGGGCCGACGCCUACGAGUUGCUGAAGACCAAAACCUGCCUCGACCAGUUCAAGGACUUCAUCGCUAAAGCCAAAAAACGCAGUGUCAAGGUGAUCGUGGACCUGAUCGCGAACUACGUGCCCACCACGCACGAGUGGUUCGUCAGGAGUCAGGCGCGCGAGCCGGGCUACGACAACUACUUCAUCUGGCAUGAACCCAAGGGGUACAAUGGAACACAUCCGAACCCGCCUAAUAACUGGCGAGCGGUGACGAAUGAAGGUGCUUGGACGUACAGCGAGGCCCGAAAAGAGCUCUACCUCAGCCAGUACGGCGCCGGCAAGGCGGACCUCAACUUCCGCAAUCCUGACGUCGUCAAGCAUUUCGAUGACGUCCUGAAGGCGUAUAUGAAAGAGGGCGCUUCUGGUGUCAGAUUGUCGCACGCGCGUCUACUGCUCGUGUCUGCGUCGUUCCACGACGACCAGUUGCUCGCCAACACCGACAAGACGCCGACCGGACCCACGCCGACCUACGGCGACUACAACUUCUUACGCCACACUCACACCGCCGACCAGCCGGAGCUAGACGCACUACUGGCGCACUUCUCGCAGAUCGUAGAUGAUAACGCUGCGGAACCUGGAGCCAAAAAAUCCGUGUUCACAAUAAAGGAGACUAACGAGAAUCACUUCCAAGAGCUGUACUUACUGGCGCACAACGUGUCAUCUCUUCGGCCACCAAGUGCCGCGGCCAUCAGCGUCGACGUCGACCCCGCCGUGCUCGCCAACAAGACCAGCGUGUCGACAGACAAGUUCCGCAAGUGGCCCGUGCUACAGCUGACUACAGCGGACGCGUUGUCCGGCGGCGGCGGCGCCGAGGUGGCGGCGCUCGCGUUCCUGCUGCCCGCCGCGCCCGCGCUCACCGCGCCGCAGCUGCGGCAGUUCAACGUCUCCGGGCACGCCGAGAGCUCGCUGGGCCGGCUGACGGCGCUGCGCUCGGAGGCGAGCGUGCAGCACGGCCACACCAAGAUGGCCGCCGUGCCCGCGCGCAACUCCACAAGGCAGCUCGUCGCCGUCGCCAGGUGGAAGCAUGGGCACACGGGCUACAUAGCGGUCCUCAACCCGCAGCCGCAGCUGCUGCGCGCCAACCUCUCCGCCAUCCACGUGUCCGUGCUGCCCGCGCAGCUCGACGUGCACUACGUGUCGCACGAGGUGGCCAACCAAACUGGUUACGCGCCCAACAUGCCAGUGGAGUGCGACAACGUAGUUGUACCCGCCAUGUCUUCGGUGGUGCUCUCCUUCGUGCCGAAGAUCGCCGAGUAACUUCCACCCGCUGGUUAAGACGCUGGCCGCAGUGUACGCGCGGCGUUUUGGUUGCAUUUCAUUUUUGUACCGUUUCAAAAUAUAGUAUGAUCAUUA